AUGUCCGCCUUCUGCAGAUCGAGGCUGGUGUCCCAUGUGUCAGUGCGAUGUGUGGCUGCGCCAGAGAAAAGUGAGGUGACCACCCGCGUCGAGCGCAACAAGAACUUUGCCAAGCUGCAGGCCGGGUACCUCUUCCCCGAGGUGGCUCGGCGGCGCAGGGAGCACCAGGCAGCCAACCCCGACGCCAAGCUCCUCUCCCUGGGCAUCGGCGACACCACUGAACCCAUUCCCCCCACGAUCGUGAACGCCAUGCGCGACGCCGCUAUCGGCCUUGGAACUCGCGAGGGCUACUCCGGGUAUGGCUCGGAGCAGGGUCAGAGCAAGCUCCGCGAGGCCAUCACCGAGCGCCUGUAUGCCCAUGUGGGCAGGAAGCCCAACGAGAUCUUCGUCUCGGAUGGUUCCAAGUGUGACAUCGGGCGCCUCCAGCUCAUGUUUGGCGCUGAUGUCAGCAUUGCAACCCAGGACCCCGCAUACCCCGUGUACGUGGACUCGUCGGUCAUCAUGGGGAUGACCGGUGAGCACAAUGGAGAGGACUUUGACGGCAUCACCUACAUGGUCUGCCGGCCAGAGACCCAGUUCUUCCCGGACCUGUCCAAGGCCGAGCGCACAGACAUCAUCUUCUUCUGCUCGCCCAACAACCCCACGGGAGCUGCCGCUACCCGCUCCCAGCUGACGGAGCUGGUAGCCUUUGCCAAGAAGAAUGGCAGCAUCAUCGUCUUCGACGCCGCCUACGCCCUCUUCAUCUCCGACCCCGACUGCCCCCGCACCAUCUAUGAGAUCCCGGGGGCGGAGGAGGUGGCGCUGGAGACGUGCUCCUUCUCCAAGUAUGCCGGCUUCACGGGGGUCAGGCUCGGAUGGACGGUGGUUCCGGAGCAGCUGCGAUACGCUGAUGGCUUCCAGGUGAUGAAUGACUGGAACCGGGUGAUGUCCACGAUCUUCAAUGGAGCCUCCAACAUCGCUCAGGCGGGGGGCCUGGCAGCCCUGUCUGACAAGGGCUGGGCCGAGGUCCAGGAUCUGGUGGCCUUUUACAAGGAGAAUGCUUCCAUCCUCAAGAAAACCUUCCAGGACCUUGGCUUCACGGUGUAUGGAGGCAGCGAUGCGCCCUACAUCUGGAUCGAGUUUCCAGGCCGCAAGUCCUGGGAUGUGUUUGGCGAGAUCCUGGAGCGCUGCAACAUCGUCACCACCCCCGGCUCGGGCUUUGGCGCGGCGGGCGAGGGCUUCGUGCGGGUGAGCGCCUUUGGCCACCGGGAGGACAUCGAGGAGGCGGUGUCCCGGUUCAAGACCGCCUACAAGUCUGCUUGA